AUGGAAAAUGAACCAUAUAAAAUCGAAACAAGAAGAAAGUAUAACCACAUCGAUAACAAAAUAAGACUCCUCAAAAAAUAUGGUGAUCUUAAUACUGUAUUCAACUUCUCCGACAUCCAACAAUUCGUGGCUAACUAUCAGAGAAGUAGUAGCGAUGAAGUCUUAGAUUUGGUAUACGAGAAUGAAGAAACAGAAUUGAGUUUCGAAUGUUACAUACCUGAGAAUGUUGAAGAUGUCCUUGGAUACGUUGAUCCUCAGAAACCCAGUUUGGUAAGAAUCCAUGAGAUUGAUUACACAGAACUAAUGGAAUAUACUCGAUUGGACAUGAAACUGUUCAACAAUGAGAUAGAAUCUAUUAAAACUUUAAUCAUUGAUGAGGAAGGAUUUGAAGAUUUCGAUAAGAAGGUCAUUGACCAGUAUAAGGUGAAGUCAUUAAGAUGUGAAGUAAAUCCUAUGACAUCUUUGAAAAACCUAGAUGAUGUCAAGAUCCCAAUAUCUUUGAAAUUAUUCGGAGAUUUCGAACUUCAUAAACCGGUUUGCAAGACUACUGUGUCACUCCAAUUUACUUGUGUGGACGAGACUGUAAUCCAAGAUUUGAGUUAUUUGCACGACUUGGAGGAAUUGACCAUUGACGUAAUUCACGAAAAGGUUACUGAUUUUGAUGUCAAAUUCCCUGAAAGCUUGAAAGAGUUACGUAUCAGAUGUGACCACGAAUUUGUAUAUAAGAAAUCACAUAACCAACCUAAUGUUCUUCGUUUUCCCAAGGGUUUGAAACUUCUAGUCCUUCAAAAUAUGAAAAUCCCUAAGGAUACUGAUUUGGGUAGUUCUCUUGAAGAAUUAGGAUUGAUCAAUUCGACCGAUGGGUUGGAUUUCCCUCCAAAUUUGAAAAAGGGGAAGUUUUGCUAUUAUCACCCUUCUGAACCCCAAAUUCCUCACGAUUUGGAAGAGUUGUCUCUCUUUUUGAAAGAUACUCUGGCUCCUGACUUGGAGAAGUUUUCAAAUUUGAAAAAAUUGCUGAUUGAAGCUGGAGGAGCUGAUCCUUCAAACAUAAAAUUGCCGGAGAAUUUAGAGAUUUUGGUCCUCAGAGAUAACACGAACAUCUACACCUUGAACGAUAAUUUGAUUGAUCUUGCUAUGAAUGCUCCAACCGACAGUAAAACUUUACAAACUAAAUCAUUCCCCGCUUCAUUGAAAUAUGCUCAAUUGACUGAUUGUGAUUUGAAAUGGGUCAAUGACUUACCUUCUACCUUAGAAUUUCUUGAAAUUGAAGGUGGGCAUUCGUGGGAAACCGAGUUUACUUUCCCAUCGGGUUUAAAGGCUUUGAAACUUCGUGACAAAUCGUUGGGAGAUGAACUUACUUUACCUGAAAACUUACAAUUAUUCACUGGAUUUGGUUUCAAUGUAAGUCAAGGUUUCAUUAACAAGUUACCAAAGGGUUUAGAUAUUCUUAGUCUUUCUAACAGUCCUUGGGGAGACGAUGAUACGUUCAUUUUCGAUUUCAGUGAUUACCAAUUAACUGAUCUCGAGUUAGGAUUUCCUAGUUCAAGUAUUGAAAAACUUAUCUUACCAGGUACUUUGAAAACCUUGCUGCUUCCAAACUGUGACCUUAAUGAUUUGGAAUUCUUAGACACAUCCAAAGUUACAAAAGUAUAUGCCACUUUUGAAAUGGAAGAAACAAAAGUGUUCUCCAAUUGA